AUGGGAGGUUACCACAACGUCGAAUUUCCCUAUGAGGAACCGGGGUUCUUCCCCAGAAGCCCUCCGUUCCACUACCCCGACGGCCUCCCUGAUGGCAUUGCCGAUUUUUCGAUAACCGAUCCUGCACUUGGUCUGGAACAACAUGGCCCUGUGUCUGUGCCUCUUGUUCAACCCAUCUUGGUGCCCCCGCAGCCUCCCGCCCAAGAGACACCCAUGGCUGCGGUUGUGGAUGCCACUGCACCUCCCGGCGGCACCAACAGCGGUAUCAACGGCGGUAGCGGUGCACCUACCGAUCGCAAUCGGGGCCCGUCUCCUGCGUGCUCCUACGGCUCGUCUCCAGCCCCGGCUGCGUCUCCAGCUGCUGUCAAGAAUGAUGGCAAUGGCGGAUCCAACGACAAGCAAGGAUCUGACGGCAAUGACGAAUCCAACAACACUGGCGGUCAAUCAACUGCCUAUUGGAGCAUCGUUCACUCUCUUCCAAGGCUUACUCGAUGGCUUUCUAGACGUCUCGUCUUUAUGUUUCAAGGCACUGCCUAUGUUUUUUGA